AUGGCCUUCGCUGGCGUGUCUCUCGUCGCCGACGGCAGGCUGUGCGCCUCCACCGACUCGGUCUUCGACUCCGGCGCCGACAGCGGGUACCACUUGCUCGUUGUCGAAGGCUACUCACGCACCAAAGAGACAACUCCCAAAGACGAGUACAUCAUGUCUCGUCCUUUUAUGGUUGGAGGCCGUCGCUGGAAGGUCCGCUACUACCCUAAUGACUUUGGCUCUGAAUUCUCUCGCUUUGGCGAAAAUGAUGGCCAAGAGUGUAUCUCGGUUUUCCUUGCCCACGAUGAAUAUCUCAUAAACGAGGUAAAGGCUCACGUUGCCUUCAGCUUCAUUGGCCAGCCUGAGUUGCGAGUGCCAAACCUCAUUCGUCAAAAGCACCCAUGUUGCUUCUAUGAUGGCUGCUGUUUUACUGAUCAUCAGAUAGGAGGAUUUCUGACAAGGGAGGCUUUCGAAGCAUCAAGCCAUCUCAAGAAUGACAGCUUUGUCAUAUGGUGUGAUGUCAUUGUCCUCGAGAGGAAUGAUGAAGAUGACGAUGAGGACUAUUAUGAAGAGGAGGAGCACGAGCGUGCUCGUCCGUUCAUCAAAUUGCCACCGUCCGACUUGCCAAGCCAUUUCAGUGACCUGCUCCUAAACAAGGAGGGUGCCGACAUUACAUUCGAGGUUGGCGGCAAGAAGUUAUCUGCACACCGCUGCAUGCUUGCAGCCCGAUCUACCGUCUUCAAGAAACAGCUCUUUGGCGUUGCUGCGCCAAGUGUCGAGAAGAUAGAUGGCAUCGAAGCAAAUGUCUUCGAGGGCCUGCUUACUUUCAUCUACACUGACGGAAUGCCUGACUUUGAGGAUGCAAUGCCUAUUUGGUUGCUGAAUAGUGAGAAUGGUGAAAAGUAUGGAACAUGGCUGCUGCAGUUGCUUGAAGCCGCGGAAAGAUACGAUCUCCAAAAGUUGAAGUUGAUCUGUGAAGAGAAGUUGGCCAAUCUGAUAUGCAAGCGCACGGUGGCAGGCAUUAUUGUCGUGGCUGAGCGGAGACGAUGCCGCUGGUUGAAGGAGGCCUGCUUGGAGUUCAUCAAAACUCACACGAGUUUGCACAAUGCUUUUACGGCGGAUGCCCUGGAGCAGAUAAUCAGGACCUGCAGCCCCUCCGUUCUCGAGGAGCUCAUUUCCACAUUUGCUACGCAAAAAAGUGCUGGUUCGUAA